AAAGAUGGAUAUUCAAAUCUCAGCUUUUCUUCUGUUCGUUCUUUUCACUGCAGGACACUCUCUCAGCUGCUAUCAGUGCUGGGAUGAUACAAGAUAUUGUAUGGAUCUUGGGAAUAUAACAUGUCCCAAUGGAAGUUCAGGGUGCAUGAGUGAAACAACAGUAUGGAAAUUUAAUUCAACUAAAGUAAAAAGUAAAUAUUGUACUGAUUACUGUGCAAGUGGGUCCUGGAACACUGGGUUUGCACACACGUCUUAUUCCUGCUGUGACACUGACCUUUGUAACCUCCAAGAUGCUCCAGAUCCCAGCACUAACACUACCAAUGGAAAGAAAUGUUACUAUUGUGAUGGUCAGAACUGUUCAAACACAGUGAACUGUUCAGGGAGUGAAGACCACUGCUUUACAGUAAUAACAGUGAAUUUCAACGAAUCUGAAACUACUAUAAAAGGCUGUAUCUCUAAUUCUUCUUGUGAUAAUGCCACAACAUCUUCUUCUCUCAUCUCAUGUUGUGAGGGGGACUUGUGUAACAUCCCUCAAAACGUCACCCAGAACAUCACUCAAAACAUCAACGUCACCCAGAACAUCCCUCAAAACAUCAACGUCACUCAAAACAUCACUCAAAACAUCAACGUCACCCAGAACAUCACUCAGGGCGUCACUCAGAAAGUCCCCCAGAGUACUAACAGUGCUAAGAGUAUCACCCAGAGCUUCCUGUUACUAUUGAUUGUUUACUUAAUAAGUCAAAAAUGUAUAAUAAAAUAAGAAGAAAGAAGCAAAUUUUCAGCCGUAGGAUAGAGAUAAUAGAUCACUGUUGUCUGUUGUUGGGUGAUAGACAUAUCUUUUCAUAUGAUGAGUGUGUAUUUAAAAAAAGAUACAUUUUGGAAAAGGAUAAAACAGUUUUGAAUGCAUUGCUUUUGUUAGAUGUGUGUGUUUGUGUAUUUGAGGCUUUCCAGUGCCUUUGCCGUUGAUAAUAGGUGUAAGCAAGUUUAGAAUGCGUACAAACAGAGUCCAAAACGGAUGUAGAUGCAAAACAAAUGUCUUUCUUUAUUACUUGAGCUCCAUUAAACAUGAUCUCAAACUUCUUGUGGCCUCUCCUUGUUCACAUGUACACACAAAGCCAUACCUUAU